AUGUUCCCAGCAUUGGAAACAGAGCUAAAGCAGGAGACUCUUCCUGAUCCCUAUGAAGACUUUAUGUACUAUCACCUCCAGUACUAUGGCUACUAUAAAGCUCAUAGAAGCAGUUUACCAAAUUCUGCUACGCACCAGCAUGUUUGGAAGAAUAAUCCUCGAUACCUGCUGAGUGGCUCUUUUGGAAAAAGAGAGGAUUUGAUACCGGACCGCUUGCAAAAGGAGAAGCGUCUAUGGCCUAGCUGUCUACCUUCCACUGGGUGCAGACAGACCGGAGCUCUGAGCAGAGGUUCUCUUAGGCUGAGUUCGCCGUUUGUUAAGAGCAGACAGCUUCUUUAUGAUGACACUGGCGAAGUAAACCCGCGUCUCAGAGAACCCCGAGACCUCUUUGCUUUUUUCUCUGGCAGCGCGCUGCUACAGGCUCCAAGGUGGCCGAUAGAAUGUGAGGUCAUCAAGGAGCGCAUUCAUCAUAUUGAGUGGGUUCCACCUCAACCAGAAUAUUUCUAUCAACCCACAGGAAAUGAAAAGAUACCAGAAAUUGUAGGAGAAGAAAAAGGCACAAUUGUCUAUCAGUUAGAUGCAGUGCCCACUGAAGAUUGCUAUUUUACCAGUUCCAGAGUAGGAGGCAAACGGGGAAUUAUCAAGGAACUUUCUGUCUCCUUACAAGGACCAGAAGAUAAUACUCUGCUGUUUGAAUCAAGGUUUGAGAGUGGGAACCUGCAGAAAGCUGUCAGAGUAAACACUUUUGAGUAUGAACUCACCUUGCGAACUGACCUCUACACAAAUAAGCACACUCAGUGGUUUUAUUUUCGAGUUCAGAACACCAGAAAAGAUGUCACCUAUCGCUUCACCAUCGUCAACUUGCUAAAACCCAAGAGCCUCUAUACUGUAGGGAUGAAGCCACUCAUGUACUCCCAGCUGGAUGCCAGCACCCACAGCAUUGGCUGGAGGAGAGAAGGAAAUGACAUCAAGUACUACAGGAACAACGCGGAUGACAGACAGCAGCCCUUUCACUGUCUCACAUGGACCAUUCGGUUUCCAUACGACCGGGACACUUGCUUCUUUGCACACUUCUACCCAUACACGUACACUGACUUGCAACGCUUCCUCCUGUCGGUGGCAAACAGCCCCGUCAAAUCUCAGUUCUGCAAACUCCAGACUUUAUGUAGGAGCCUAGCAGGAAACACCGUCUACCUGCUCACCAUCACCAACCCAGCCCGGACCCCUCAAGAGGCAGCUGCGAAGAAAGCUGUGGUCUUGACUGCCCGCGUGCACCCCGGAGAAAGUAAUGGCUCCUGGAUUAUGAAAGGCUUUUUGGACUUCAUCCUAAGCAACUCCCCAGAUGCUCAGCUCCUCAGAGAUAUCUUUAUCUUCAAAGUGGUCCCCAUGUUAAAUCCAGACGGAGUGAUCGUGGGGAAUUAUCGUUGUUCGCUGGCUGGAAGGGACUUGAACCGGCAUUACAAGACCAUUCUGAAGGAGUCUUUCCCCUGCAUCUGGCACACCAGAAAUAUGAUCAAGAGACUUCUUGAAGAAAGGGAGGUUCUCUUGUAUUGUGAUUUCCACGGCCACAGCCGGAAGAAUAACAUCUUCCUGUAUGGUUGCAAUAACACCAAUCGCCAGUUCUGGCUUCAUGAGCGAGUCUUUCCUUUAAUGUUAAGCAAAAACGCACCAGACAAGUUCUCUUUUCACAGUUGUAACUUUAAAGUCCAAAAAUGCAAAGAAGGGACAGGACGCGUGGUGAUGUGGCGGAUGGGGAUCCUCAACAGCUACACCAUGGAGUCUACGUUUGGCGGGUCCACCCUGGGCAAUAAAAGAGACACUCAUUUUACCACUGAGGAUCUGAAGUCCCUGGGUUAUCACGUCUGUGACACCCUUCUCGAUUUCUGUGAUCCUGACCGAACCAAGUUCAUGCAGUGUCUGGCAGAGCUUAAAGAGCUCUUACAACAGGAAAUCCAUAAGAAAUUCAAGGAACUUGGACAAGAUAUGGAUUUAGAAAGAAGCUGGAGUGACAUCUCUUUGUCUGACGUUGAAUCCAGCACCAGCGGUUCUGACAGCUCCCUCUCAGAUGGCCUCCCUGUUCACCUACUGAAUAUAGCAGAUGAGUUGCAUCAGAAGAAGACGAUGUAUAAGAAGAAAAAAAAGCCACUUAAAUCGAGAAAGCAGCGAAACAGACAGUAUCAGAGAAAUACUUUGAUGCCGGAGUCAAAGUUGACUGAAGAUGCCCCAGAAAGGGCAGGAUUUCCUUCUACUCUGCAAAAGCAUCCUGCCUUUUUCAGAACUUCAGAGAAUGCCCGUUCUUCAAUGAUGAAAUAUGAAAAAUCAAGAUUGAAUAAGUCCCAGUUAAACGGAAGAGGCAAAAGCACCUCCCUGGACCCAACAGAUAUGACCACCGUGAUUUUGACCAAGAAUAAAGACAGAAUACAGAAAGAGAAGCCAGGAUUUACAGUAUCUUGCGAUCCAAAGAGAAGCGCCAACCCCAGCCAAGAGCCGGCUCCACCAGUGAAGCCAAGCUGGUCCAGGAACAGAUAUCCUGGCACAAAGGGAAGCCACAGGACCGCCGUGGCAUACCCAUCCUUGCACAUAUACACCUACCCGUAG